AACGGCAACUGACACAGCUGUACAAGCACACGGUCUCCUGCCCUCCCACUCUUUCUCUUCCAGCCCUAAAUCGACAGUCCCACUGCUGCUCCCACUCCUAGCCCUAAAUUGACACAAACGCAAACGGCCAGAUCCUGUUCGUGUUCCACACUCCCAGUCUCCCACUGGUCCCAGCCCUAAAGCGACACUUUCGUGUUCGUUGUGUUUGACACUCCCACUGCUCCCAGCCCUAAAUCGACACAGACUCAGCACCAUUCGAUGAUUCAUUGCUAGCUAAGCUUGCGGCUUACAGCUGGUAAGUUAAAAUUUCACUGAAAUGAGUUCUGAUCCGGAUGUCCGUAAUCUGAAUAUGAAGUCUGCUGAGGAGGGUACUUCAAUGCAGGUUGAUUCUGAUGAUGCAUUGGUGUCAAAGGAAAAAGGUAAAGAAAAAGAGGAGGUUACUGAAUCAAUGGAGAAGAUGCAUAUUGAAUCGUCAACAAACUUCAAGAGAAAACCAGUCAUUAUUGUUGUCAUUGGAAUGGCAGGGAGUGGAAAAACAACAUUUCUUCAUCGGCUGUAUUGCCAUGCGCAAGCUUCAAAUUUGCGGGGAUACAUAGUUAACCUUGACCCUGCUGUGAUGACUCUCCCAUUUGGUGCAAACAUCGAUAUAAGAGACACUGUCCGGUACAAGGAAGUAAUGAAGCAAUUUAACCUCGGACCAAAUGGUGGAAUUUUGACAUCUCUGAACUUGUUCGCUACAAAAUUUGACGAGGUUAUUUCUGUUAUCGAGAGGCGAGCAGAUCAGCUUGAUUAUGUUCUCGUGGACACACCUGGCCAGAUUGAAAUAUUUACUUGGUCUGCUUCUGGAGCAAUUAUUACUGAAGCUUUUGCUUCAACUUUUCCCACUGUAGUGACUUAUGUAGUUGAUACUCCUCGUUCUGCAAACCCCGUUACUUUCAUGAGCAAUAUGCUUUACGCCUGUAGCAUACUCUACAAGACGCGGUUGCCAAUUAUUUUGGCAUUUAACAAAACUGAUGUUACUCAGCAUCAGUUUGCUUUAGAGUGGAUGGAAGAUUUUGAAGCAUUUCAAGCUGCUAUAAGCUCAGAUCAUUCCUAUAUGUCAACUUUAAGUCAAAGCCUUUGUCUUGCACUGGACGAGUUCUAUAAGAAUUUGCGAUCAGUAGGAGUCUCUGCGGUGUCUGGUGCUGGAGUUGGGGACUUCUUUAAGGCUAUUGAAGCAAGUGCUGAGGAGUACUUGGAAACCUACAAGGCUGAUCUUGAUAAGAGACGGGUGGAGAAGCAACGUCUGGAGGAUGAACGCAGGAAGGAGAACAUGGAGAAGUUGAGGAAGGAUAUGGAAAAAUCCGGUGGAGAAACAGUGGUCUUGAACACUGGUUUGAAGGACAAAGAAGCCAGGAGUGAGGACGUGAUGGAUGAGGAAAUUGAAGACCAAGAUGAGGAUGAUGACGAUUAUGAGAGGUCCAGUGAAGAUGGAGAUGAGGAUUUAAUAGAUGGUGAUGAUGAAGAGGUCACCAGAUUCCAUUUGUAGCCUUUGUGCUUGCUUGAAUUUGUUGAAACCAAACCUUGUAUCGGUGUUUUUUUUUUUUUUUUUUUUUUUUGGAAUAGCCAAGUGAUACUAUUCUAGAGAAAGUUGAUAUUUGUUUUAUGGUUGUUGCCCUGCACUAAUUUAUGGGGUCUAAAGACCUGCUUUGCUCUAUGCAACUUUUGAAAUACUUACUUCGUGA